CCCAAAACACCAGUUCUGUCCCCGACGCUGGCAUGGCAGGAACGCGGGCAGUGCGCACAGCGCGGAAACUUCUCCUCGCCGCUGCACAGCUUGUGGAGAAACAGCGCUCGCUGCUGCGUGCUGCGUUGGAGAUGGGAUGUACGCCUAAGAAACCCAGCCCGAGUCCUCACCAGGCCAGGAGGUUCGGCAAGAAGGUGAGAGAGUGGGCGUUUUCGAGGAAUUCAUCCGACUCUGCGAGCAAGAAGGAAUCUGGAGACAGCGGAGCCUGCAAUAACAAUGGGUCGGCGCCAGAGAGGAGCGGGCCCGACGGCAAGCCGGCAGCGUUGUCGUGCUGUAGAGUCGUGCCGUUUAAGAAGAGUAGGGACGUCGCCAGGUGUAGCGUGAGCGAGGAAGACUUGCACAGAGGACAGACGAUAGGAAACGGAGGGUUCGGAACGGUGUACGAAGGCAGGUACGGGGGAAAGCGGGUCGCCGUGAAGGUGCUGGACCGAUGCAGACACAACCUGCCGGCGGCGGUGCAGAGCUUCCAGGCCGAGCUGUGCGUCUUGGACCUCCGGCACCCGAACAUCGUGCGGACUCUCGCCGUGAGCUCGUCCACCUUGAGGGACAACACCUUUAUCGUUAUGGAACAUGCAGGUGAGAAGAACCUCCAACAGGUGAUCUCAGACCCCGAGGAACCUCUGUACAUCAGAAGACGUCUUAGAUUCGCCUUGGACAUUUCAAAAGCCUUGGAUUACUCUCACAAACACAACAUCGCGCACUUGGACUUGAAACCGGCCAACGUGAUGGUCACCCACGACGACCGCUGCAAGCUGGGGGACUUCGGGUGCUGCCAGGUUGUUGACGGGGAGACGGGGCGGGUCAGCCCGACGGAGCGGUCGCACCUCACCGGCACCUUCGCGUACCGCGCGCCCGAGCUCAUGCGGGGGGACCCACCGACCACCCGCGCCGACAUCUACUCCUAUGGGAUCACGUUAUGGCAGAUGCGGUCCCGAGAACAUCCCUACCUAGGAGAAAAUCCUCACGUCGUCAUCUUCGGGGUCGUUGCGAACAAUGUUAGACCCUCCUUUCCGGAAAACGACGAGGAAGAGGCGUCUGUUCUCGAAGGCUGGUAUCAGCGGCACGCGUCUCGGUGCUGGAGCGCACUGCCGAACAGCAGACCAUCCGCGACAGAAGUCGUGGAAGCCCUCGAAGAGAAACUCUUUGCACUCAGACCUGACAGAACUGAGAGCAUCUCGAUCUAACCGAACUCGAUCGGGUUUGUUCCAAAGCCGCUAGCUAUGUUUUUUGUCGAGCUAAAAUCAGAGUAUAUUUUGAUAUGACUGAUGUUUCUAUGAAUGUUGUGAGAUGUUUAGUUGCUGUAAAUGUACAAAGACGGGUCACGGUAUGCAGGUAUGACAGUUUUGUUUCUGACAGGAAGUAAUGUCAAAGUGUGAUGUUUUGUACUGAACGUACGUAAAUCAAUGUGUAUUUUGUUACGACUGGUGAAUUCAUAAAUGUUGUUGCUGGAAAACUUAGAGCCAAGAAGAAGAAAUUUACGUUACAGAAAUCAUCGAUACGGGUUUAAAAUUGUAAAACAUAAAUUUUCUUACAUUUAUAUAGUGAAGUUUUCAAUAUGCGCUAAAGUUACUUAGUUAAUAAAGUAAACUUACGGUAACAACUACCCCAUGACAAUGAAAGAAAUUAGCAUAUAUCAGAUUAUAAUAAGUUUCUUAAACACAUUCAGAUAUUUUCAUCAUCGUUGUCUGAAGACGGUUGAUUUUAUUUCAUGACUGUGCAAGUGCUGCUAUUGACAUAUCAGGAUGAAACGUGUAACACAUGUGUCUUUCUUGUUAGACAAAUACUUUUGAUAAGAAAGUCUCGUUACAAUAAAGGGUUGAAAAUACA